AUGGCCACCGAGACGCAGCCUCCCGUCCCCAUAUCCAUCACCAUCUGUGGCGACGGCGGCUGCGGUAAAUCCUCCAUCACCUUGCGCCUGGUUCACUCGCAGUGGACCUCUGACUACGACCCGACCAUCGAAGACUCCUACAGCGUCACCCGUCGCAUCGAUGGCGUCACCUACCACCUGUCGCUGACGGACACGGCCGGCCAGGAGGAGUACCGCGGCAUGUGGGCAUCGUCCAACCUGGGCGCCGACGCCUUCCUCCUCGUCUACGACAUCACCUCGCUCGACUCCCUCGACGCCCUACAGCAUUUCGACGAGCUCAUCGACAUGGAGGCCGAGACCCGUCUCGACAACGCCGACCGCGCCCGUCGCGCCGGCCUCAAACCUGGGCACCACGACACCUCAUUUGGCAGCGGCGGCCGCGCCAAGACUGCGCCGCCCGUGAAGCUGGUCGCUGGCAACAAAUGCGAUCUGCAGGAGAGCCGCCAAGUGCCUGCGGCCAGGGGCCUGGAGUGGGCGCGCAAGCACGGCUGCGGCUUCAUGGAGACCAGCGCACGCCUCGAGGUCAACAUCGAGGAGACGUUCGCCCUCAUCGUGCGCCGCGUCAUGGAGGGCCGCCGCCUCGCCGACAUGGGCGUCCACGAGAACACCGAUCUCAACGCCCGCGGCCAGACGAAGCCCUUGACCCCGCUGCCGGCCGACGCCGAUCCCGAGAAGCGCGCACCCGGCGUCCGCGGACCAAAUCUGAACGGCGACCGGGUUGGGAAGCCCGACGGUGGCUUUUGGAAGAAGCUGCGCUGUUGGUGA